UAUGUAAUAUAAAAUUAUAUCAUACUUUUAAAAGCAGACGUGGGCGGACGUUAAAUGUGAAAUGUAAAAUUCUUACGAUGGACACUAUUUAAAUUCGUUGCCAGAGGAUAAUGAAAUUUAUUACGGAAACAACGGCAAAAAGGUCAGUAACGCUGUCUGGAUAGCAUAUGCAGACUAAGUUUAAUUAACGUAAGAUGCUAGCCCCGACGAGGAUCGUCAGACUUCUAUCCACUUUACCUUUGAACAGGGGGAGUAGGUGCGGAAAAUUUGCUGUCGAGAAAUGUGCACCAAACUCAAGGGUAUGCUGUACUUGAACAAAUUGACAUUGUGUGUCUUCGUACACAGCUAAAUGUGAGCCGCAAGUUCAAAACAGGAUCAGUUUUCUUUAUCUUCAAGAUGGCAUCAACACAAAUAGCUGUUUUAUUUAUGAUGACUGUCUGCUUAAUUGGUGGAACCCUAAGCCAUCCAAUGUCUCUGAAAUUGCCGGACGGGCAGGCCUGCAGCGAAUUCUGUCUGACGGGAUGCAACCCCAAAUCUGGUGUUUGUGACGACUGUGUUGGCGGGUGGUUCGGCGAUCUCUGCGAAUUCAGUUGUGAUGAAAACUGUGCCCUAUGUAAUCGAACUAAUGGCGAAUGCAUAGAGUGCUCUCGUGGAUGGUAUGGAGAGUUUUGCGACAUUGCGUGUGAGGGAAAAUGUCUGUCUUGCGAUUAUGUCAAUGGAAAUUGUCAAAAGUGCAAAGAUGCCCGAUGGGGGCCGGAUUGUUCACAAAGCUGUCCUGACAAUUGUGUAUCAUGCGAUAUAGAAACUGGAGAAUGUCGCUCCUGUAAUAAAGGUCAUUACGGUCUCAACUGUACGGAGACGUGUGGACAUUGUUGGAAACAAGUUUGUGGCCGGAUAUCCGGUGAAUGCGUGUACGAGUGUGAAGAAGGAUGGUUUGGAGCAAGAUGCAAGGAUAGAUGCCUUGCAAAUUGUUCUGUUUGCAACGACCAAGACAAAUGUUCGAUAUGCCAUCCUGGUCUAGUUGGAAGUAAGUGUGAUACCAAAUGUCCAGGCGUCUGCAGUGAAUGCAUGUACGAUCCUACAUCUGAACUAGUUUCAUGCACGGCGUGUACUUCCGGUUUGAAACUUCCGGCAAGAGAUUGCACAUGCCGUGAUGAUAUGUGCUUGACGUUUAGCUCGGAAGGAGGUAAAAAUAUAUGCACUCAAUGUAAAAAUGGGACAGUGGAGUAUUUGGGUACAUGUUGUCCUUGCGCUCACUGCCAAGGAGGAAAUGACAAUUGUCACAGUGCGCAUGGCUGCACUAAAGGAUGUGAGCCAGGAUUCUACUCAACGGCGUCAGGAUGUGAUAAGCCAUGUGGAGCCGAUCAUUGCACUUUGUGUCAAUUGACAAGAGGUAGUGCAAAAAUAUGUACGCUAUGUGAAGACGGCUGGUACCCUCAAGAAGAAGGAUGCCACGCGUGUAGUGAGAACUGUGCUGGGGAAGGUCACCAUUGCAACAACGAAACGGGUGUGUGUUUAUAUGGCUGUGUUGAAGGGUGGAAUAACCUUCACUGUGACUCUAAGUGCAACGAGACAUGUGUCAUCUGUGACAAUGAUCAAGGCAUUUGCAAAUCGUGCGAUUUGGGCUUUUGGGGAAUUCAAUGUGAGAACCUUUGUCCUGAUAAUUGCAAGUUGUGCAAUAUAACUGGUGGAGCUUGUUUUAUCUGCGAAAAAGGUUACGUCGGAGUUAAUUGCACACCCGCAUGUAGAAAUUGCGAAGAAGAAAGAUGUCAGCUAGACACUGGUAUUUGUGACAUCGGAUGUAAGCAGGGUUGGUUUGGCGAUGUUUGUAGUCAGCGAUGUCCACAGGGUUGUCUUUCUUGCGAUUCAGCAGAAUCAUGCCAGGAAUGUUUGCCAGGAUUGGCCGGGGAAUUUUGUCAACACAAAUGCCCUGAAAAAUGCAAAGAAUGCUUUUAUGAUGAUUUUACUGAAGAAGUCCAUUGUGAAAGUUGUGUAGGCGACUACCAAAUAGAACAAAAAUCAUGUGAAUGUACAAUUUCAAAAUGCAUUGAGCAUGAAACACGUGUCAAUAUUCAACGUUGUAAAUCUUGUGAACAAGGUUGGUUUCCGUACAUGCAGUCUUGCUGUCCUUGUUCAAACUGUAAUCAGGGGCAGAACAUUUGCGAGCGGUUAGGCAAGUGUUACGAUGGAUGCGGUUUCACCCCUAGUAUUGAGGUAACAGGGUGCAGUACAAAAUGCAACACAUCACACUGUACAUGGUGUGAGGUUAGCGCUUCCAGGUCGGAGUCCUGUCUUAUGUGUUCUGAGGGUCGGUACCCUACCCAAAAUGGAUGUCAGGGUUGUAGUAGUCACUGUGCUGGUGCAGGUAAAAAGUGUGAUAACAUUACCGGAAACUGUCUCCAUGGGUGCCGGCAAGGAUGGCACGGCGGACGUUGCUUGACAAGAUGUAAUGACAACUGUGCACAGUGCAACGAGACAUUGGGCGUAUGUCAUGCAUGCGACCCCGGAUUUUGGGGAGACGAAUGUGAAAACACAUGCGAAAGUGGUUGUAAACAAUGCACGUCAGAUAUUGACCAAUGUGAGUCGGACAAGACCUAUUGCAACCUAACAUCCGGGCAUUGUUUACACGGGUGUAAUCCGGGUCUUUUUGGCAUGUCAUGUGAUACUCACUGCAAGAGAUGCAAACUCGAUAAGUGUGACCAAGACAACGGUCAAUGCCUGGCUGGCUGUAUAAAAGGUUGGAAGGGACUUCAUUGUGAUGUGAGAAUAUCCAGCGGGUUUGAGCCAAUGAUGGGCCCGGUGGUAGGCGGGGCUGUAGGCAUGUGCCUUGUCAUCAUCAUCAUGCUGGUCGCUUUCGUCUGCUUCAUCAGGAAACAGAAAUUCUCGGCGUCUUUGAAAAUCCGUGGACACCAUCAUCAUCAUCCUCAUCACCAUCCUAAUCACCAUCCUCAUCACCAUCACAAGAAAACGUCUAAAGGAUAACACGACCAGGAUUUCAACAUUCAUUAAUAGAAUCUUCCCCUACCUUGAGGGUGUGAAAGAAGAAAUCUCCAACCCUAGGGGUGAUGUUUUUUGGUUGUCUAACCCGAGGCUCUGCCUGAUUUGUCUUAGUUAUAAUUUGUCUACAAUGUUUUAAAUUUAAUAUAGUAUAUUUACAUUUGCUCUGCAUCCUUUCAUUGCAAUGCAUUGAGAAGGCAAAUGUUAUUAUGAGACUAUAGCAACAUUUGCUAUUGUGACGUCUUUAAUCUCUAUUGUGAAGUCGUCAAUUUCAUUGUAUUCAACACCUAAUCUAGGGUUCAAAAACUGUUCGAAAUAACUAAAUAAAGCAUAACUAUUCUGUCAAAAAGGAAAUAUAAAUAAUGAAUAUUUUAGCAAAU